AUGGGCUUUGGCGGCAAUCUAGAGCCCAGCUUCGUCAUCCCCACAGUCGUUGCUUGUCAUGACUCAUUCGCCGCUUCUGCUGCGCUGGCGGUUCCUGGAGCCAAUGCCGUGUCGCCAGCUCAGCAGCAGCAGCAGGCCCACGUGGCAGCGCUCAUGGCUGACCUGGACGUCCACGUGGGCGAGGCGGCGUAUGCUGCUGCGCGAUCUGGGCCGUACAAGCUGACGCACCCUGUGCAGAGAGGACAGGUGGGUGGAAAGGGAUGCAUGUGGGUGGAGAGGGGUGCAGGUGGGUGGAGAGGGAUGCAGGUGGGUGGAGAGGAAUGGGUAAACUGA